AUGAAGGUUCGUUCGUCUGUAAAGCGCAUGUGCGAUGGCUGCAAGGUCGUUCGUCGACGGAGAAAAGUGUAUGUAAUCUGUGAUCGCAGUCCCAAACACAAGCAACGCCAGGGAUUCCACACGAGUGCGUUCGCAUCCUUUGCAGUCCUGCAGGACUGCGCUGUUACCUCUCCGAAUGCGAGCUUCCAGGCCGUUCUGAAGCAGCAACUGUUCCCUGAUCUUGCUCCCUUUAAGGCCUUCCGUGAUGCAGCCAUCGAGAUCCCCAAGCUCUGCUAG